AUGGCCGGUGGCCCAUUUGGCAAGAUCGACUUUCUGGACGAUAAUCUGGUUGCUUUUGACCCCCUCGACGGUAGCAGCAUCUUUAGCGCCAAUUUCGCGGUGGGUGCCAUCUUUGGAGUCUGGGCAGGCGACAGGCUGCUCAACAGGAGAGGUGCUGAGCAGGCGGCCGCGGCCUAUGCUGUUUUUGGCCCCAGAACCACGCUUGUUGUGGCACUGCCAGAUCCAGGAUCUUCUGCGGGACAGGUUGUGCAAGAAUAUGCACUUGCACACGAAGAUGGCUCGUCAACAUGGAGUCUGAUCCGAAAGAACAUUCAGAUUGGGGAGAAGAAGGUCUUUGCUCCUGCAAAUCUGCGGGCAGCUGCUGAGAACACAGUGUAUCGAGAUCUCAUCUCUCAGUUCAUUACGGAUGAAUACACAUUGCGAUACACUGGGGGCUUUGUACCAGACGUCCAUCACAUCUUGACAAAGGUCCUGAAGCAGAAACGGUUGUAUGAAAAUCAGCGGGAGCAGCUUUACAACCAGCAGUUCAACAUGGAGCAGACAUCCUUUGCUAUGGAGUCCAUCAAAGACACAGCGCAGACUGUGCAGGCCAUGAAGGCUGCUGGUGCAGAGCUGAAGACAGCCUUCAAGAAGCAGGACCUGAACAUUGACUCCAUAGAGAAGAUGCAAGACGAGAUGGCAGACCUCAUGGUUGAUCACUUGGGCUACUACCUACAACAUUCUUCUGCAAUGUCACGAGAGGUGGACAUGCACAACGAACUGCAGGAUGUCAUGGGACAAAGCUUUGGGGUGCCAGAUGACAUAGACGAGUCGGAGUUGAUGGGUGAGCUGGAUGCUCUGGAGGAGGAGCUGGCAAUGGAGGCUGAGAACCCAACGGCGGGCGCUGUACCCUCCUACCUGCAGGUCGAAAAUCCACCAGGAACGCCAAUCGUACCUCCUCAGGACAUACUUUCCAGACCCAGGAGGAACAGAAGGAGCUCCAGCAUUAGGGGAGCAAUCUCCGAAACCUACGUUUCUCCUGCCAACCUGAUUCUGCCAGUCUUCAUUCACGAUGGCGAGAAGAACAUCCCAAUCAGCUCCAUGCCCGGCGUAGAUAGGCUAGGGUGGAGGCAUGGCCUGCUGUCCUCUGUGGCUGAAGCUCGCUCCUACGGAGUGAACAGCGUUGUCCUGUUCCCAAAGACCCCGGAAGAUCUGAAGACGCGAACGGGAGAGGAGGCAUUCAACCCUGAUGGCCUUGUGCAGCGCAGCAUCCGCCUGCUCAAGGACAAGUACCCCGACCUGGAGAUCUACACAGAUGUGGCGCUGGACCCCUACAAUUCGGACGGCCAUGACGGCAUUGUGCGCGAUGACGGAGUGAUCCUGAACGAUGAGACUGUGGAGUUCCUGUGCCGGCAAGCGGUGUCGCAGGCGCGCGCCGGGGCUGACUGCGUCUCACCCUCCGACAUGAUGGACGGCCGCGUGGGCGCCAUCAGACGCGCACUGGACAGGGAGGGGUUCAGCCAUGUGUCCAUCAUGUCCUACACUGCCAAGUACGCAUCCGCAUACUAUGGCCCCUUCAGGGAUGCGCUUGCAUCUGCACCCAAGGCCGGCCAGGAGCACCGCGUCAUCCCCAGCAACAAGAAGACCUACCAGCAGGAUCCAGCAAAUUACAGGGAGGCUUUGAGGGAAGCGCGCUUAGAUGAGGCGGAGGGUGCGGACAUUAUGAUGGUCAAGCCUGGCUUGCCCUACCUCGACGUCAUCCGCUUGCUCCGCGACAACUCCUCUCUGCCCAUUGCUGCCUACCAUGUGUCCGGUGAGUACGCGAUGCUGAAGGCAGCGGCAGAGAGGGGCUGGCUGGAUGAGAGGGAGGCUGUGUUGGAAGCGCUGAUGUCCUUCAGGCGCGCUGGCUCAGACAUCAUCCUCACAUACUAUGCCACUCAGGCCGCCAAAUGGAUGGCAGGAGAGGACUGAGGAUCUGGUCUGGUGUCCAUGUCAGCUGUCCAAGUCUGCUGCUUUGUGUGAAAUGUAACUGUCGAGAUUGACGGCCAUUUUCCCUUUAAUUCGUUGACAAAUUUUUAUUGCUGACAUGCAAACCCUUGCGCAAUGUGUAUUGGCAAUCAGGAGUACACAAGAACAUCGGCCAAUAAUUUGUCUGAGAUGUGCAAUACAAACAACUCGUAUGUUGAAAAUUGGAUGUCAGAGAUUUGGCCCACAAAAUUUUAAAUAGACAUGACAGACUUCAGGUCUGGAGCUCAGAACUGAGUUUGAGAUCAUUCCACAGAAUAUUUUGCUCUUGCAAAAGAAAUCUUGCAUGCCAUGGGGAGAAACUUAAUCUCUGUGCGCACUUCACAGUUCUCUGCACUCACACACUGCAGUCAAAAUAAGCACCUUUGCUGCUCUCAGCAACUGGCACUAUCAGCCUAUUGGAGAGUGAGAAAUUUUUCUAAGGCUAGUAGCAAAUUGGGACCCCAAUGUUUUUCCCGCGCUACCCAUCCCAUGUCUUCAUAGCGUGUGUCAAAUUCGCUAGCAAGCUCCCAUUGCAGCUCUGCCCGCUGCCUUUCUAGGGGUCUCUCAGCAUACAAGAUGGCUGCUAGUGCUGCAUGCACCUCUGCAUUGCCACGAAGAGCAACUUCUUCAUCAUCCAGUUCAAGGAUAGCCUGCUGCACCUCCCCCGUCUCAUAGAGCAAGACUGCUCUGCGUAUUCUCGCUCUUUCACUCAAUGCAAGCCCUGGAAAUUUGGAGACAAUUGAUGAAUAUUGGUCCACAGCAUCCCGGUAGGCUCCUGCAUCUGCUGAAGCCUGCGCCUUGGCAGUCAGUUCAUCGAAUGCCCUGACUUGCUCAGGUAUGCUCAAGCCUGGAGGACGUCCUCUGUCGUUCAAGCUGGCAGCUGCAUAUGUAUCAGAGGACUGUUGCUUCCUAACCACGUUGUUGGCAGCGGCAGGCUUCCCUAAUGAAACAAUUGUGAGACAGAUGACUGAAGCUAGAGCGACUUUGACGGCGUGCUGGAUGGUAUUUCUGCUACUAGUACUAUGUAGACCAGAGCAAGUGCACCUAGUAAUAUUCAGACUUUGAAUGCCCCUAGAGGUACUCGUGCGAUAGCACGUAUGUGUAACAACAUAUUUUCUUCGAGAUACUAUCCUAACGCUCAACAAAUCGUGAGCUUGAGCACCUCGGCAUCGGUAUAGCAUCAAAUCUCCACUCGGAUUUCUGUAGGAGGGAUGCUUCCCUGUGGUGCAACGUCGUUUCACAAGGAAUUUCACGAGGAAUGAAGGAGUCCGCUGAGUUGCAGAU